AUGAAUGACAACAAUCUCAAAAGCACCAUACCAGAUGGAACUAGCAGAACUCAAGGAGUUACAGAACACAUCCUUAUAUGCUCAAGGAACAAGGAGGAGCAUGCGAUGCACUUAGAACUAGUUUUGCAGCGGCUACAAGAGAAAAAGUUGUAUGCAAAGUUCUCAAAGUGUGAAUUUUGGCAUAAAAAAGUAAGUUUUCUUGGUCACGUGGUGUCAGGAGAAGGAAGUUCAGUAGAUCAAGUAAAAAAUGAAGCUGUGAAUCAAUGGAGAGUUCCGAAGAAGGCACAUGAAGUUCGAUGUUUCCUAGGGUUAGUAGACUAUUAUCGACAGUUUUUGGAAGGCUUUUACAAAAUCAACACACCAAUGACUUUUCUUACCUAUAAGGAUGUUAAAUUUGAAUGGAUAGAUAAGUGCGGACAAAGCUUUCAAGAGCUUAAGAGGAGACUGACAACUGCUCAAGUUUUGACUAUCCUUAAUGGUACAGAGGGAUAUGCCAUUUAUAGCGAUGCAUCAGGGCAAGGGUUGGUGGCGAUAUUAAAGAAAACUGGAAAAGUCAUAGCAUAUGCCUCGUGA